ACAUCAUCACCAGAGUCUCUGAGUGUUCUCUCCUCACCAGCGGCUCGAGCUGCUCUCAUCGCGUCUCUCACAUCCGCCUCCUCCGCUUCUUACUCCACCUCCACCUCCUCAUCGCCCUCAUCCUUCUCCUCUCUCUUCUCCACUUCACUUCAAUCUCACCCCUCCGCUUCCGCCUCCAAAUCUCCCCAAUUCCCCUCGUGGUCCACACUUCGCAAGCAUGCGAGUCAGUUGCUGUCUCUGGAUGAUUCCACACAACAACUG